GUAUAAGCAUAGAGUGAUGCAGUUGUAAACUGAAGCUUAAAAUGACGAAAAUAUCCUCUAAUUUAAUGUUAAUAUCGAGAAGCACGAGCUGACGGAUAGCUCUGUGCUUAUUCCCUUUUAUAGUAAGUAAAAAGUAAUAAAUAGAGUUAAUUGGGAAAUUCAAUCGUCAUAUGAAAUGGUAUUUUGGUAUUUUGAUUUUCAGCUCUUGUGGGAUGCAUCGGAUUUUCCUAGGGUUCCACUUCGAUUUUGUUAGCCCAAAUUUUCUCUUCGUUUUGCUUCAUUUCUCAGGUUCUGGCGCUCAAGUCCGCGGUCAAGCCCCUUAUUAGGAUCUCUAUCUUCUGCUAUUGGUGAACUUCUUUCCCACCAGGAGGCCGGACGAGGAGGCCGGACGAGAUAUGAUGAUUAUUAUAUAUUUUCUUUUCUUUCUGUAUUAGUAUUUAUUAGAGGCUUCACAGUCUGGUGCAGUUGUCAAGUAAACUUUGUAAUUUUCGGUCUUUAUUUGUCAUAUCUAUUGGUAUUGUUGGAUAUUAAGCGGUGUUAAUAAACUUGGGUGAAGUUUUAUCUCUUACUUCCUCUUUAUCCAUUUGUAUUAGAAGUAUGCUCGGGUGAUAUGCCAGAACGUUCGCUCGUACUAGCUAUAGCAUCGGGUGCGUGUCACGUCCAGGGCCCGGGCUCGGGUCAUGACAGCUAUAGUAAGACUAAUGGAGGUGGUAGAUGUGGUAGCGAUUGACAAUAGUGGUUGAUAACGAUAUUGGUUUUCAAUGGCGGUUGUGAUGGUGAAAGUUGAUUGGUGGUUGACAAUGUGUGGUGAUGACAGAUAUGGUUAGUGAUGGUGAUUGGUGAUUGUGGAUAGAGUGGUAGUGAAUAUUAUCCAACAUAUUUUUUAAAAAAUAUAUUAUCCAACAUAAGAAUAUCUCUUAAUGAUAUUAAAGACUUAAUUUCAGAUCUGAAUGAUUAAGACCUAUUAAGAGCUAAAAUCUUAAUAAAAAAUAAAUACACUUAAUGGUUUGAAGUGUGAACCAUUCGGAUUUAAACCUCCAUUAAGGACCCGUUUGGCCAUAAAAAAAUAUUUUACUUUAGUGAAAAUUGGGGUGUUUGGCCAUGAGACUUUUUAUACAACACCAACAACAAAGGCAACGUUAUUGUCUCCUAUCACAUUUGGUUGUAUCUUGUAGGUAAAUUAGUUAAGUUGGGUGAUUUUGAUAGUUUUAAAAAUAUGGAGCAUAAAUUUAUAAUUAAAAAAGUCUUUCCAAAAGUCUAAAAAAUAUUUUCAAAAAGACAUGGUCAAAACAAGUUUAUUUAAAGUAUAAGGUCUUCUAGCAGAUACAAAACAAGUUGUUGUUGAUGAUGACCAAAAGGAUAGAAUCAGUGCUUUACCAUUACAUGUUAAUUGAUCCUAUCCUUGCUCGGUUGCCUGCUAAAUGUGCCGCGAGAACAAGUAUCUUGUCGAAGAAAUGGAGAUGUAAUUGGGCAAUGCAUCCAUAGCUGAUGUUGGAUGAACAAUUUUUGAUGCUCUUGGCGGUAAAAUCUCCAUCUUACUUCAAACAAACUGUAGAUGAGAUUCUCUUAAGACAUCGCGGAGAUAUGGUAAAGUUUGCACUAAGUAAUGUUAAACCAGACACGGCAAAAGCGCUUUUGCCAUCACAUGCAGAUAUAGAUAGAUGGAUGGAUUCUGUCACCGGAAUAAUGUCAAGGAGCUAACACUUGCCAUGCCAUGCGAUAUUCGAUAUGACAAAUGUGUUCAACUGUCUAACCAUAACGUUUUUGAAACUAGACAAAUGUGUCAUCAAACCACCUAUAUCGCGUCUUGACUUUCCAAAUCUUACAACUUUCUGUAUGACGAAUGUAACCAUUGACCCAGCCACAGAGUUUUGUGUUUUCAAGUCACCUCGUCUUGUCGUUUUGCACUUGAUAUAUUGUGAUGGCACUCAAUACCUGAACAUUGUUUCACCAAGAUUAGAGUCCUUGUAUGUGUCAAACUCCCACUAUCUCGUGCUGAAUUACUUUGUCAACUGUAAUAAUUUGAGAAGGCUGCGAAUUCGAUCUGACAAAUUGGUUGAUGUUUUGGAACCUGUUGAAAGUUCAACCUUGAAGAAGUUCUUUUUUCAAGUGGCAGAUACAGUCCAGGCUCUUAAUUUGGAUUCACUUCUCCUUGAUCUUUGUUGUGCAGAUACGGUUCGUAAGAUGCUUCCUUUUUCAGUCAGUUGGUUGUUGCAUCUAUCAAUGAUUGUUGACUUCAGAAAUUUGAGUCGGACUUCUGGUGCUCUGCUAUUAAUUAAGAGUGCCCCCAAUCUGAUUACACUUGUGAUUUGGGUCUAUGGUGCCGCUGAAAUUGCUGAAGCUGUUUCCGAAUAUCUGAAGACACCAGCCUGCUUGAACCAACCGCUCAACAAGCUUAAACACGUGACCUUAGGUUUGUCUGGGGCUUCAGAAAGUGGAUUGACUUUCACAAAGUUAUUGCUCUCUCGCACUCCAUCUUUGGUAAGGAUGCGCACACAUGGUUACAAAAGCAGUGGUUACGAGGAAGAGUUGUUGCGCUUUCCCAGAGCUUCUCCCAAGGCCAAACUUAUAAUUACUUGAAUAUAACCAAAGAUUCGAAAUAGCUGGUUUGUUUUCUUUGGCUAUAUAUGUCACCGCUGUCUGUUAUGUCUUUUCAAUUUCGUAGCAAACCAAUUGGAGCUUCAGUAAUAUUUUUGAUGAAUUGUAUUUAUAGAUGUUUUGGUUUGAGGCAGCAGGCAAAUUCAAAAUUUCUUAACAACUUCAGUGACUAAA